GGGUAAAGCGCUGCGAGGGCCGGGCCCGCACCCUCCCCGGGGGCUGACUGAGUUCGGUGGCCUGCCCGCCGGAAGUGAGCUGUCCGACGGACACCUAAGAGCGUGGGGAACGCUCUAAGCAAGCUUUCGGGGAGUGCUUGUGAAACGGAACACAGAAGUAUGGAUAUGGGAAACCAACACCCUUCUAUUAGUAGGCUUCAGGAGAUCCAAAGGGAAGUAAAGAAUAUAGAGCAGCAAGUGGUUGGCUUCAGUGGCCUGUCGGAUGACAAGAAUUACAAGAAACUGGAGAGGAUUCUGACGAAACAACUUUUUGAAAUAGACUCUGUAGAUACAGAAGGGAAAGGAGACAUUCAGCAAGCUAGGAAGAGGGCAGCACAGGAGACAGAACGCCUUCUCAAAGAGCUGGAGCAGAAUGCAAACCACCCACACCGCAUUGAAAUCCAGAACAUCUUUAAGGAAGCGCAGGCCCUUGUGAAAGAAAAGAUUGUGCCCUUUUACAGUGGAGGCAACUGUGUGACUGACGAGUUUGAGGAAGGCAUCCAGGACAUCAUUCUGAGACUGACACAUGUUAAAACUGGAGGGAAGAUCUCUUUGAGGAAAGCAAGGUACUACACGCUAACCAAGAUCUGUGCAGUGCAAGAGAUUAUUGAAGACUGCGUGAAGAAGCAGCCUUCCCUGCCACUCUCUGAGGAUGCGCAUCCUUCCGUUGCCAAGAUCAAUUCUGUGAUGUGUGAAGUGAACAAGGCCAGAGGCACUCUGAUUGCACUUCUCAUGGGCGUGGACAGUACUGAGACUUGCAGGCACUUAUCGUGCGUGCUGUCAGGGUUGAUUGCUGAUCUAGAUGCUUUGGAUGUGUGUGGGCGUACAGAGAUCAGGAAUUAUCGGAGGGAGGUGGUGGAAGAUAUCAACAAAUUACUGAAAUAUCUAGAUUUAGAAGAGGAAGCUGACAGUACACAUGCAUUUGACCUGGGCCAGAACCAUUCCAUUCUAAAAAUAGAAAAGGUCCUCAAGAGGAUGAGAGAAAUAAAGAAUGAACUUCUGCAGGCACAGACCCCUCCUGAAUUAUACCUGAGCUCCAAGACAGAACUUCAGGGCUUGAUCGGACAGCUAGACGAAGUGAGUCUUGAGAAAAACCCCUGCAUCCGUGAAGCCAGGAGAAGAGCUGUGAUUGAAGUGCAGACCCUGAUCACAUACCUGGACCUGAAGGAAGCGCUCGAGAAGAGGAGGCUGUUCCCUUGCGAGGAGACACCCCCCAACAAGGCUGUGUGGGGUGUCCUUGGAAACCUGUCAGAGAUCCAGGGCGAAGUCCUCUCAUUUGGUGGAAACCGAACUGAUAAGAACUACAUCCGUCUGGAGGAGCUGCUGACCAAACAGCUGCUGGCCCUGGACGCCGUUGACCCCCAGGGAGAAGAGAAGUGUAAGGCCUCCAGGAAACAGGCUGUGAAGCUGGCCCAGAACAUCCUCAGCUACCUUGACCUGAAGUCCGACGAGUGGGAGUACUGAUGGACCAGGAUGGACCUGAUCUUGCUGGUUCGCACUUUAUCUACUUUUAGAGAGCUUUCAGCUCGUGGAGCCUAAAUGUAAUUUCUAUGUGCAUAUUCAAUCUCAGUAUUUAUGAUUUAAUCAAAUUUUAUUCAGUAUUUCUGCUGCUUUUGAUGUUGCAAAACAAAUCUCAUUAUAGCACAUUAACUUUUCCAUCUGGCUCAUUAUCCUGGUUUGUGUUGAUUUUGUGUGUUUUAAUGGGAACAUGAAAAGGGCAGCAUUCCUCAUUUUUAGACGGGUUGUGCAAGCAUUAAAUGCAAAUUUGAGAGUCUAACUCUAGGUAAACUUAGGGGCUGAAUGGGAAUAAAGUCCAAGAACAAAAACAAUACAGAGAUGUUUUAUUAUGUAAACAAAACUGGGCCUUUUUUAAGUUACAAGGCUUGUUUGGUCCUUCCCCAUCUUAUGGGGUGGGGUUUUUGUUGGGAUAGUUUGUUUUUUUCAUAAACAUUUUUGUUGAGCCUAAAUUGUUCCCUAUGCUUUUCCUUUUAGAGGCGGGGAAUCUUGUGUACAACACACAAAAAAUUAAUGAGACCUAACAACCAAAACUUUGAGACUGCAUGAGAAAGGGAAAAAAUCAUCAGUUAUUCAAUACCUUCAAGUUACUUUUGCUUGUGAGAUCUCAACUAAAAUUCUCCUUAGUUAAUAAGGCAGCAGACCACUAAAGAACCAUUGCUGUCUCCCUGUAGCCGGAGGAUGAAACCUGGAGUGGUUGAUGAGGAGCGUCUGUCUGUAGCAUAAAUGAGAUGGGUUCCUUUGUCGGUCACAGCUGUGAAAUAGAAUGCCUGUUAAACAUGACAUCAUUUACACCAUGAUACCAGAGACUGUUGGUAAUCUUGGGGGACAGGUCUCUGCAAAUGUCAGUGGUAACUGCUGCUGGCACCCCAAAUAUCACCUGUACCUAAUUGGAGUGAGGCUGUGGGGUACCUGAUGAUAUUGACAUAAGGACCCCUCUUUUCCUGAAAAUUCAUUACAACCUGUCGGGUAUAUAAAGGGUUUUAUUAUUUGUUUUUUUCCUUCUGUGUCUUUCUGUGAAUAUUUUCUAUGUGUCCGACAUUAUGGUUAUCUACUAAUACAGACAAAGAAUCCCCAGAAUUCUGCAGCGCCUUCUCAGUGUGGUGCCAGCACCGUUACUAACAGACCCCAUGCCAUGUCCCAUUUCAUUACACAACCCUCUGACAGCCAACCUCAGUGCACCAUCUCAUAGAACAGUAGGUCCCGGGGCUUCUGGCCAUGAGUCCUCCCCGCUAAAGUCCCUAGAAUCCUGCGUCAUGGCUUUAGAACAUCCUUCAGGUCUGACUGCAGGUUUUUAAACUGAACUCUCUGGGGAAUCAGUACAUGAAAGUCCCUUCAGGUGCACCUUUCACAGGGUUUCUUAAUCCCUUAACUGUUUCUGAGGGUUACACGUCAGCCUUUCUUCUCAACAGUCCAUUGUCCUGUUGAAGCAGAGUUUUGUCUCUAUGACCUGCCAAGACACCCCACACUGCUGAGCUUGGAGCCUGCUGAGCACAAGAAGCACCUCCCCCUCAGUGGGAUUCCACAUGGAUCCUUCUGCUCCUGGAGGUGGUGGGAUAGACUACAGCUCCUGUUACAGUUCCUUGGGCUCAAUUCUCUCAUAUAAAGAACACUAGCAAAGUUCAGACUGAUUGCUUGUCCCCCUGGGGACCCAGUGUGUCACUGUGGCCGCUUCCUGGACUUUUUUAACUUGGGCUCUCCGCUGUAGCAGUUCCAUGAUCAUAUGUGAAGAGACUGCAGCAAGUGAGAAGCGAGGCCUUUGUCAGCAUUAAACCAUGUCAUCCCUGCUUCUGAAAAGAAAGAAAUACCUGGGAAUACUCACCAUCUUCAUUCUUUGUCCACCUAGAUGAGUCUUCUGACAAAGUCACUUUAAAUAAAUGGAACAAAUGUGUCUACUCA